AUGUCACUAGAUGAUGAGGUAAAUAAGGCAUGGUUGACUCUGUAUGUUUCAUACACUAAGUUGAAUGGUUUGUCAAUAAAUUCUAAUUUGAUAAAUCAACACUCAUUACUAUCGUCAAAAACUCAGCAAAUAGAACACGAAGGUAUAGCUAUUGAUAUAAGCCGAGAAGUUCCACAUUUGACGUCCUUAAUAGAAGCUCAGCCAAAUAGCCUUGAACUUGAGUCUGAAUUCAAGCGCUUGAUGAUGAAAUUUUUCUGGGCUGGUUUUGAGAUGAAACUGAGAAUGAAGCUGGAGUUGGCCGGUGGUGACAAGGAGCAGGACCAAAGGCAAGAGCAAGAGCAAGAGCAAGAGCAAGAACAAGAGCAAGAGCAAGAGCAAGAGCAAGAGCAAGAGCAAGAGCAAGAGCAAGAGCAAGAACAAGAGCAAGAACAAGAGCAAGAGCAAGAGCAAGAGCAAGAGCAAAAGCAAGAGCAAGAGCAAGAGCAAGAGCAAGAGCAAGAACAAGAGCAAGAGCAAGAGCAAAAGCGGAAUAAUGUUAAUGAAUGA